CUGCGUUAGACUUGCGAUCGGCCACAGGCUGUUGGACAGCUUCGGGGACCCGGCUAGCCAGUGCGCAUUUUCCUCGCGAUUUUUGCGCUUAUUUGCGCAGGAUCUUCGGGCUAACAUGACAUGAUGGUCUGUGUUUGUCUGUAAACCGUGCUCUCAUCUCUGUACUGACCAACUUUCGAGCCCAGUGAUGGACGACCAACCCGUGAGCCCCGUGACUGUGAAGGCUGAUGAUCAGUCCACUAGUGUCCUUUUCACCUACUUCCAGGGAGACAUCAACAGCGUAGUGGAUGAACAUUUCUCCCGCGCACUCAACAAAGCCAGCAGACCCAAAGACCUCACCAGCAAGAGCAAGAGCAGCCGCCAGACCCCUAAAUCAGAGGACCUCAUCCCAGUGCAGUGGGCAUACCCAGCAUCCUCCUGGUCAGAGCCUCCAUAUCCCUCCACCUCCUCGGGACAGAUCCAGUUCUCCAUGUUGGAAGAUGCCCACACUUCCCAGCGGGUGAUGACCAGUCCAUCUAACCUGUGGUCAUUUGCCCCGAGGCCAGCUGCGGGUUUCGGAAUGUCCUCAGUGGUGUACCCCUCCCCUGGGCCCGCUGAGGUGCCCGGCCCAGCAGAACGCCCAUAUGCCAACUCAUUCCUGGGCCUGCUGCACAGUGACCGCCCUGGAGCGGCUGCCUCGCUCAGCUCCCCGUCCAAACCUGACCUUGCUCCAGGAUGGAACCCCACCGCAGGAUUCAGAGAUCCGCUCGAAUCUGGGAUCAACCUUGACUCCGGCGUACAAGUUCCAGAAAAGAAGAAAGAUCUCUACUGGUAUUAAUCUGCAAUUUGCUCCGGUUCCACUGAAGAACAGGAUUUUGUAAAUGUAUAUUUGGGUGUGCAUCCUCUUCCUGAUCAGACGUCUACAUGAAGCUCCAUGAAACACUGCCUCAUCAGAAGGCUCCCACAAUGCCGAGCUGCACACCCAGCUCCAGCGCUCGCCCGUCACCGAGAUGCUCAUACCCCGAGGAGGUGUUGGAGUGAGCUAUCUGCGUGAGCCAUCACACCCACAGGCCGGCCCUCGCUCGCGUUCCUCUAUGUGGAAGAACCUGUUUCCCAAACCGGCAGGUCGGCCUCUGAGAGUGACUCGAAGGCGGGACGGCAGAGGCCGAGUGGAUUCCUGAGCACACUGAGGGAUCAGGUUUGCCGACACAUGGGUGAAGAAGCACUAAUGGCGCCUCGUCUUCCUCCAUUUCCACAGGACGACGCGUGUGACCGCGGAAGCCUGAAGAGAAAGAAUAUUCUAAAGGAUCCCAAAGAUGUCAUCACACACUUUAUCUAGCUGGCUAGAUGUUGGCUGUGUUUUCACAGACAUCUUCUUCCUGGUCCCAAAUACAGAGGAUUUGGUCGGAUGAGGCGGAAAAACAAGACGGUCUUAGAAUGAAAUCAGAGGCGGACGGCUGCUAGCCGCUUGCUAACGCAGAGAACGGAGUCUGACUUCCAUUACAAACCCAGCAGCCAGUGUAUCACUGCCCAACGCCACAUUCCCCGUCUUGGACUUCUUAAGAUGGGGGAAGGUCACUUGACAAAACAGCCAGCAAUGAAUCACUCAGGGCUUCAUGUUUGCAUACAGCAUCUACAAACCAGAGCUUCAUUCGGGAAGUGAGAAUGAAUUGGGCCACCUGUAUAUUACUGCCAUGUUGUGAAUAUGACUUCAUGGAAAAUUGAGAUGAGGUUUUUUGAUAAUUAAUAUAAUAUAUUGUAUACUCUGUUUAACGAAUACUGUAAAUAUGAAUUGUAAUUUUCUUUACACCUUAAAUGAUUUUUCUUUAAAGAAUAUCAGCUAUGCAAAUGCA